AUGGAGCGUCAAAUACGGAACCUGUUUCUGAGCGGGGGGACCGACGGACACGUUCACUUGCACUCCAUGCUGCAGGCGCAGCCCCUCGUUUCCCUGCAACUCUCAAAGAAAUACAUUUUUGGCGUCAGGUGGUCCCCCAUCCGGCCCCUGGUCUUCGCCGCCGCUUCCGGAGAAGGGGAAGUGCAGCUCUUUGACUUUGGCAAGAGCUCCCAGAAGCCCUCGCUCUCCAUCCCGCAAACCCGUGACCGGGGCCCCGUCUACUGCGUGGAGUUCAACCCCCGCCAGGCCCAGCUUCUGGCUGCUGGGGACGGUGGGGGCACGGUGAAAAUCUGGCAGCUCAGCUCGGACUUCACUGAGGAGGGAGCCCGCGAAAUGAGCCACCUCGACCAGCUGGCCAACGAGGUCACCGACUGACCGCUCAGAGGUAGAAGCAAAUGAAAUUUUGGGUGGUUUCCUCCCCAAAGGGAAGUGCGACUCUUGGU